CACACAACGCUGAAGCGAACUUUUACAAAAUUCAUUAUUCGGCCCCUCCACCUUCAACUUUCAUCUACGACUGCAACGCCAACAUCAGAAAUCAGACAACAUGGCACCCGCAGCAACCGGCGCGAAGAAGCAGAAGAAGAAGUGGUCGAAGUAUGACAAGGCACAACACGCCGUCCUCCUCGACAAGACCACCUCCGAGAAGCUCUACAAGGAUGUUCAAUCGUACCGCCUCGUCACAGUUGCCACUCUCGUCGACAGACUAAAGAUCAACGGCUCGCUGGCACGAACAUGCCUGAAGGAUCUUGAGGAGAAGGGACAGAUCAAGCCCGUCGUCACGCACAGCAAGAUGAAGAUCUACACCCGAGCUGUCGGUGCCUCCGACUAA